ACUAUUUCAUGCAUGCUCUCGACACCCAAGCGUUUACUCACGGAUUAUAUUCUCAAUAUUCUUAUCAUGGCUACGGCUCGUACGUCGCACCCCUUGUUCCAACCAACUAUAUCGGUGCAGCCGUGGUGCUUUAUGCUCAUUUCAAGUUGCAAGUCACGUCAAACUGACGUGAAGGAAAUUCCCUGCAUUCCAUUUUUGCUGCAAGCGGCAGCUUUUUGUUUUAAUACCCUCGCCAUCAAGGCAACAGGCUUCCAAUUUACUCGAACGAUAUCUCGCGAUGUCUCGCCACUAUUCUUACGGGUGGAACUCGGCGACAGGGAAAUAUGUAAAAGCGCAUGGACGAGUGUUCACCUGGACCCUGUUCCUGUAACGGAGACAUGCUUGUUUGAUUUCAGAGAAUUCAGAGUUAUAAGCCCUGUUUCGCGCUUGGUGCUUCUAAUGAAGCGGUCGGAGGAAUGCAAGUUUGGACGAAAUCAGGAAGAAUUCAAGUUCACAGGCCAAGUAUCACCCAUGACGACGAAAGUUGGAGGGAAAUUUUCUUAAACAUUCUCGCCUAAGAACGUGUAGAAUAUCCGAGGUGACCAAUGAAACCAAACCAAACUU